CCUCUUUUUCAUAAGACACGCACACUCAGAGAGUCGAUAGUUAGCUAUGGAGAGAACAACCACCUUAUGGGUUUGGUUUAGUCUUAUGUUUUUCCUAGGCAUCUUUAGUACUGGAGGUUUGUCUCAAAGACAACAACAUGUUGUGAAGAAGACACGUUCUUCUGCAGUUGUAGUCGGAACUGUCUACUGUGACACUUGUUUUAACGGCGCCUUUUCAAAGUCACCCAACCACUUAAUCCCAGGUGCUUUAGUUGCAGUGGAAUGCAUUGACGAGAACUCGAAACCGAGUUUCAGACAAGAAGUGAAAACAGAUGCGCGCGGUGAAUUCAAAGUGAAGCUACCUUUCUCUGUGAGCAAACAUGUGAAGAAGAUCAAGAGAUGCUCUGUGAAGUUGCUAAGUAGCUCACAGCCUUACUGUUCCAUAGCUUCUUCGGCGACAUCUUCUUCUUUCAAACGCCUUAGAUCAAACCACCAUGGAGAGAACACUAGGGUCUUCUCCGCAGGAUUCUUCACUUUCAAACCCGAAAACCAACCAGAGAUUUGUAGCCAAAAACAAGUCAACCUCGGCCAAACCACCAAGCCUCUUUUACCGGAUCCCUCAUUCCCUCCACCGAUCCAAGAUCCGCCUACUCCUUCCGCUAUCCCAAAUCUCCCAAUCGUACCUCCGCUUCCGGACUUGCCUCUUCCUACAAUUCCUCCUCUUCUUCCUCCAGGAACAUCAGGAUCACGGAAAUCAGCUUCCUUGCAUAACAAGAAAUAUGGUUCCUUGGAAGACAAGAAAACCGAAGUGCUAAAACCCGAUUUCUUCUUCCUUCCUCCAAACCCGCUAAACCCGCCAUCCGUCAUCCCUCCAAACCCUCUGAUCCCUUCUAUCCCAACCCCAACUCUUCCUCCAAACCCGUUGAUCCCGUCUCCCCCAACUCUCCCUCCAAUUCCCCUACUUCCCUCUCCUCCAGCAACACCAACUCUACCACCGAUUCCGCUACUUCCUUCUCCCCCGGCAACACCAACUCUCCCACCGGUUCCAACAAUUCCAACUCUUCCACCUCUUCCACCUCUUCCGGUUCUUCCUCCUGUUCCAGUCGUAAAUCCGCCUUCGCUACCUAUGCCGCCACCUUCUCUCCCUAUUCCGCUCCCUCCGGUCCCUCUUAUCCCUGGAAUCCCUCCAGCUUCAUCUUCCUUAUCUAGUCUCCAUCAACCCUAAAUUCAACAAUCCUUUCCUCACAUAUCCCAAUUAUGUAAUCUAUAUGUAUCAUCCUGUUUCAUUUUUUUGUGUGUUCUCUUCUACAUUUUCACUUGUUGCUUUGUAAUUUCAAUAAAUAUUGUUACCGAACA